ACGAGUGCCUGCUGACGCCCCGGCCGUGUUCUGUGGGUCAGUGUCAGAAUACAGCGGGAAGCUUCCGGUGCGUUUGUCCAUCAGGAUACCAGACCAACUCCCAGCAGACCCUGUGUGUCGAUUUGGAUGAGUGCCGUCAGGUGCCCAAUCCCUGUGUUAACGGCCGCUGUGACAACACACUGGGCAGCUUCAGGUGUUUGUGCAGGACUGGAUACAAGCUUCAGGACAACAGCUGCAUAGACGUAGAUGAGUGUGUCGACCCCCUGCGCUGUCCGGGUCAGGAGUGUGUGAACUCUCAGGGCUCUUACAGGUGUGUCUCCUGCAAGCCGGGCUUUGAUCUGCUCAACGGGCAAUGUUCAGAUAUUGAUGAAUGUCGCCGGACGCCGUCACCCUGUCCGGAUGGCCGCUGUGAAAACACACCAGGCAGCUACAGAUGCUCAUGUCGAACAGGUUACAGAUUCCAGGUCAACACCUGUGUGGAUGUGAAUGAGUGUGAGGAUCCAUCCCAGUGUCCCGGACAGGAGUGUGUGAACUCUCAGGGAUCGUAUCGCUGUGUGUCAUGCAGGCCUGGAUUUAGCCUUAAAAACAGAGCAUGUUCAGAUAUCGACGAGUGUCGCCAGACUCCUGAUGUGUGUGUUAACGGCCGCUGUGAGAAUAACAUGGGCAGCUACAGCUGUGUGUGUCGCCCUGGAUUCAGACUGGAGAGAAACAUCUGCACAGAUGUGAACGAGUGUGAAAAUGAGCUUCAGUGUCCAGGAAAAGAGUGUGUGAACUCGGUCGGCUCCUUCAAGUGUGUCUCCUGUCAGCCGGGCUUUGAGCUUCUUGACGGGCAAUGCCAGGAUAUAGAUGAAUGCAGUCAAAAGCCCACGCGCUGCACUAAUGGCCAAUGCAUGAACACUCCCGGCAGCUUCAGGUGUGUGUGUGACCUGGGCUUCAAUCUACAGGACGCCACAUGCACGGACAUUGAUGAAUGUGCAAGUCCUCACCUGUGUGGGCCGCAGAGCGUGUGCGUGAACACAGACGGCUCGUACCGCUGCGACUGCUCUCCGGGAUACAGAGCGGCCGGGCCGCGGCGCCAGUGCCGAGACAUUAACGAGUGUCUGGAAGGAGAUUUCUGCUUCCCGAGCGGAGAGUGUGUGAACACGGACGGAUCGUAUAAGUGCGUUUGCGCGCAGGGCUACAAGAGCACCGCUAAUGGGACGUCCUGCCAAGAUGUGGACGAGUGUGUUCAGGAGGGAGUUUGUCAGGACGGCCGCUGCAUCAACACUGAGGGAUCGUUUCUGUGCCACUGCCAAACCGGCUUCACCACCAACCCAGAGAGAACAGCCUGCCUGGAUGUGAACGAGUGUCUGCACUCAGAGGGACUGGUGUGUGGAUCCCAGCGCUGUGAGAACACCAUCGGCUCGUUCCGCUGUGACGCGUCCUGCGAGCCCGGAUACCACAUCACCGCCUCCGGAGAGUGUGUGGACAUUAACGAGUGCGCUAACGAGACGGUGUGCGGACAUCACGCCUUCUGCCAGAAUCUGAUCGGCACGUAUCAGUGUCUGUGUGACCAGGGCUACGAGUCCACCGGCGACGGACAGAUGUGUGUGGACAUAAACGAGUGUGAGACGAUGCAGGGUGUGUGUGGCUUUGCGCGCUGCUGGAACGUCAAGGGCUCGUUCACGUGUGAGUGUGAGAACAGACAGGAGGAAUUCGACCCGCUCGCAGGCCAGUGUGUGAACAGAGAGAGCGCAGGUCGGUCGGAGCCGUCUGGCGGAGACUCCUCUUCCUCAACUGGCCACGGUUCGUCUGGAUCGUCCGGCUCUCUGCCGCAGACUCGACCUGGAGAAACGAGAGAGUGUUACUAUAGCGUAUCUGAGCCGUACUCCUGCAAGAUAUUGGCCCAAAACACCACGCUGCAGGAGUGCUGCUGUACAGCGGGACAGGGCUGGGGCCUCAUGUGCCAAUAUGACGUCUGUCCCGAGACUGGAACAGCGGACUUCCAGUCGUUGUGUCCCAGUGGAAGAGGGUACGUCACCACGGAAACGGGAGUGUUCAGCUACAAGGAUGUGGAUGAGUGUAAGCUGUUUGAUCCGGAGGUGUGUAAAGGCGGCGUGUGUGUCAACAACAUUCCCGGCUAUGCCUGUUACUGUGCCAGCGGAUUCUACUACGACACGGAUCUGCUGGAGUGCAUCGAUAAUAAUGAAUGUGAGAGUGAGGAGACCUGCACUGGCGGUCAGUGUGUAAAUACACUGGGAACGUUUUACUGUACAUGUGAGCCCCCUCUAGUGCUGGACGACACACAGCGCAACUGUGUCAAUGCACGCGGCCUCGCUGAGGAUGAGAACUUAAACUUCUGUUGGCGUCACAUCACAGCUAGUCUAGUGUGUCAGAGCCCUUUGUUAGGAGCUCAGCUGACCUUCACUGAGUGCUGCUGUUUGUAUGGUGAGGCCUGGGGUCUGCAGUGUGCCCUCUGCCCCCGCAGAGAUGAAGAGGCCUAUGAGGCCCUGUGUAAUGAGUUCGGUUCUCCUCCUUACUCUCCUCGUUACUACGAGCGCUUCGGCCCGGGGCUCCUGCCUGAAAGAGGAGGAUACCGUCCACUGUACAGCCCCCCAGAGUACCCCGAACCCCUGCCGGGACGCCCAGACUACAUGCCACCUGAUUAUGAUGACUACAGUCCUGUGGGAGCGAGUGGAUGGCGGUCGGGGCUGAGAGGCAGAAUGCCCAGCUCAUACGGACUCCCAGACGCCCCCUACAGGCAGCCGGCCACAGGUGGAAGUCGUUACUAUGAGGAGGAUGAUUAUGAAACGGCGCCCGGCCCUCCUUUCGGCAUCCCGGAUCCUCGCGGCGUGUGGACGUUCGACGCGCGACCCCUGCCGCCCCGUCCAGACGGGCUUCCGCUCAGCUUGGCCCCGUUUCCGGAAAACUCCCCGUACAGCGAGGCAGAGGAGGCGGAGUCAUGGAGAGCCCCGCCCCCAUUCCCAAUGUCUCCCGAGAGACAGGAGGGACCACGACGAGUCUAUGAGCGGAGAUAUGAAUCCUACGGGAGUCUGAGUUCAGAAGAGUGUGGCAUUGUCCACGGCUGUGAAAAUGGCCGCUGUAUCCGCGUGGAGGAAGGUUACACGUGUGACUGUUACGACGGCUAUCAGCUGGACAUCACUAGCAUGACGUGCAUAGAUGUGGACGAGUGUGACGAUGAAGACACGCUCGACUGCGUGAACGCUCGCUGCGUGAACACGGAGGGCUCGUACAGGUGCGUGUGUCUCAGGGGCUUCAUCAUGUCCCGAAGACCCAACCACUGCAUCCCGGCUUGAUCGAGGACUGCAUUUAGAGACUUACUAAUUAUUAUUUUUUCCUUUUUCCGCCACGUUGCUGUAAAUGGUUUAUUUUAUGACUUUAUUUACAAUACUUGUGUGUAUAUAUCCAAAAGUCUAAUACUGAAGCUUUACGCACGACACACACGCACACAAGACUCAAUACUGUUGUGCUUUACUUAAAGCUUUUAUGUAUAACGCAUUAUAAAGGUAUUUGUAACGUAUGUUGUAAUGCAUUGCAUCUUUUUAUAAAUAAUAGUAAUAGUUUGUUUGCCAUGCAUUAUCCUCCCUAAAGGUGUGUUCAGUGUAUAGGUAAGUAUUAUAAUGUGUUAUAACUGUGGUUCGUGAGAUGCAUUACAAGACAUAAUGAAUGCAUUAAAACUACUUUUAUAAUGCAUUAUAUAUAAAGGCUUUAAGUAAAGUGUUACCAAAAAAAUUAUAUAUUAAUGUACUUUUUCAUUGGUUGGACGCUGGCCAGAUGAGCUUGAAUGUCUUGUCAUAAAUAUCUGCAUAAACUAGUGUUUUUACUCAGAUUUCAUAUUUAUAUAUUCAUAUCAAUGAAGGCAAUUCCAUGUAUACUAUAUAUAAAUAUAUAUAUUUUUGUCAUAUGUCUGAGAAUUUCACCACGUUACUGUUUGAUACUGUUAAAUCUAUUUUUCUGUCUUUCGUCUGUCAGAAACCCCCAUGUCACGUAACACAAAAUGCACUGUAUUUGUGGGGGAAAUGCAGUCGUGAACUGCUAUUGUACAUUUUUAAGACAUCUCAGAUGUUUGUUACAUAUUUUUAUAUGUACGUUUUUGAUAUCUUCUGUGCCGUUUGGAAAUAUAUUUGCACACACU